GCAUUAAAUGGCGCUGAGGGUACCGUUCCACCCGGAAGAGUAUACAAGAAAGUUGCGAUCGUCGAGAACUUCUUCGACAUUAUUCAUGCUGUUCACGUUGACCUUGAGGGUCGUCCGGGAAAGCAUGCGGGUCAGAAGAGAACGUACAGGACGAUCACGGAAACGUACGCGUUUCUGCCUCGGGAGGCGGUAACGCGAUUCCUGCUGGGCUGCACGGAAUGCCAACGACGCCCGCGUACCCCGAGCCCGACGAAUAUAUCCAACCAGACGCAGUCGAGCGCUGCGACGCCUUUAACAACAACCCCGACACCGUUGAGCCCGAGUACAGCCGGUGGCUUGACGACAGCGUCGACGACGUCGUCGUCCUCAUCCUCGUCGGUGCAAGGCAGUUCGAAGCUUCGCGAUGGCGGACACCAAGAGACUAAGGCGCUGUACAGUUACAGGCACCAAAAGCACCAGAAGAGCAAUAACAACAGCAGCAGCAACGCGAUGGAGAAGCCUGACAAGGAAAAGGAGGAAAAGUACAAUCCCCUGAGCAUUACCAAUCUGCUGAAAAAGGAGCCGGUGACGGGCAGUUUUUUGCCCAGCGCGGACACUUUGCCGGAGUCUAGGCGCACUCCCGAGUCAGAUCGGGCUAGCUCGAGAAGCUCAGCCUCGUCGAAGAGGAAGAGGAUGCUGCCAGAGGGCCGGACACCCUCGCCCCAGCCCAGCCAACCGUUACCAAGACCGUGGAGUCCCGGACUCGAUCCCAAGAAUACACCCAUCGACUACAGUCUUCCCAUCACUACCUCAUACCUGAAGCAUCAGCAGAGGCUACUGCAGGCGGAGAAAAACAAGGCGGCGGCAAAGGAGAUCGAGCUCGAGCAGAAAGUAACUAUCCUGCCCACGGAGGAGAUCGACACGUCGGAGAGGGACAGAUAUUCACCGGCGACCGGGUUGAUCGACACCAACCUCAAUCUGCUAGCCACCAUCCAGCACCUCCAUUGCCAGGUGAUGCUGGCGCUCACCGAGAGGCUCAGACCCUCCAUCACGAUGCCCAGUCCGUUGGUGCUGCCCUCUGCCGCUAACAUACUCGGAAGUGGCAUGAUGAUGGGGUCCGAGGUGUCAGUGCAAACUGGCGAGCAUCACACGUGAGGAUAAGAUUGGGACCGAGAUGGGAGAAGACCUCGUGAGAAGGACCAAAGGAUUAAGCGUUCGAUAAGCGACUCUUUCUUCUAGACCACCGCUGCCCGCGAGGGCAUUUUGAACUGCGCGCGGAAAGACAAUGGUGGGGAAACUGUAGUUGAUUGUUGGGAUGAAUUGAAUGUUACCACGGUUUUCCAUUGUGAUCUUGGAGGCGUUAGGAGAGACUGAUUUUGGAAUUUCGAGGAUUGUGAACUGAACGUGUUUUGGAGACUUUUAACGUCCCCCGAUGAGACUUUUUCGUUUUUCGCUGGUCGAUGAAUUGUACGGGGUGCCUUUGCGAUUGAUUGUUUCAUCGAACAGGGUGUGACCCUACAUGGAAAGGUACAUAGGGAACAUAGAGUAAGAUAUUUUCGUUCGAACUCUUAUUUUUUCCGUAAAUUAAUCACGUAUAUUGAUUCCAGCGUUAAAUAUAGCCAGUAGAAUCGGAAGAAGGUUAUUCCACGUGAAAAAAUAAACAAAAAAUGUACAGUAAAAUGUGUUCGUUCGAGGUCUCGUUUCCGAGAAAAUUAAAUUCGAACGUACUAUAUCGACAGUUAGCAACCGCGCUCGUCGAAUUUCCAAAUCAAAUUUCCCCAAAAACGAAGCUCCAAACGGCAAUAUUGCAUUCUACAUUUUCAACUCAUUUUUUCCCAUGGAAUAACCUCUCAUCGAUCACACCACCCCCUGCCCUCUGUCCAAAAACAAGAAAAAAGAAUCUAUUCCAUGUACCUGAUUCAUUUUUUUUCCGUCACGGACCAUUCGUACCGCAAAGACGCCCCGUAUCUUCCAACCCCGAAUCAAUUUAAGGUUUAUUUAUUGCCCGUCGGUGACCGCGGACGAUGAAUGAGUAACGAAACUAUUUAAUCCGCGCGUAAAUUUAGACGUUUAGCGUUCCGAUCCCUAGGAAAUGGUUCCAAGAGGACGGAACUAUUAAGGCUCCCGUCAUCGGCGAACGAUGACGAUCGCGAAAACUUGUCCGCGGUCGGCGAGGGGUGGGACGGUUGACGCGGCUAAUAUCCGAUUCCCCGGCGCUGCCGUUCGAGCUAUCGGAUAACCCGAUCAUCUAUUAAACCGGAUAAGAUCAAUUACUUUGCCGGCGUCCCCGGCGACAGCGCCAGUUAAACCUGCCGGCCGGCCGGCCGGGUCGGAUCGGUUCGUUCCGCGUUCCCGAUAUAGACCGUGGAACGAGACGAAAUUAUUCGCGAGUAUGUCAAAAUGCGGGUCGACCCUGUCGCGUGUCACCGAUCCCUGCUGGUCGACCGCGGGUCAAAUCCGGAUCGGAAGCGGACGCUACCCCCGGUAUUUAAGGAUCCGGCUGCGGGAGAACCGAAAUGGACGCACGCGGUUUCGACAGUGACAAUUGGUCGCCGGAGGACAGCCACUUGAAUAUUUAACGGCCGGUGAACGAACGAUCGCCGCUGCUGAUGACCCGCGAACCGUUUCGGCUCGCUGUCUGCUGGCUCAGAAGUCACCGGCCCGUUCCGCUACUAAUUUCACGCCGAGAGGAAUUUCGAUCGCUGCCUGUUCAUCUUCGAUUGUGGAAACAGUUUUGUUCGACGGAUUGUGACCUUUGAGGAAGUAUUUAAGGAACGGUUAGUGUUUUUAACACUAGGUUUACAGACAUUUCUCGCACUGUUUGUUAUACUGAUCCUAAAAAAAUUCAUGUUCGUUCAAUCGAAUUUUGGAAGUUGAACGUUUAAAAAUAGAUAACUGAAGUACGUACUGGUGUAAUUGUACCAAUCAAAGUCGACGAAAACAUUUAGUAAAUAGUCUUUAUGAAAUACAAUAUGUGUCAAAUUGACAAGUUCCUUAAACCUAGUGUUAAUAUUUAUUUUGGUUUUUGUAGUUGAGCUUGUUUCGAUCAGUUUUGGGGGUUUAGUAGGAGGCUGCGAAUUUUUGCGCGAGUAAUAGAACCUGGGGAUUGCGGAUAUUGGAAUUGAGUAUUUAUUUCUUUUGUUAUCGCAUUUGAUACUCGUUUUUAGCUUCGGUGAAAUUUAAGUAUGAAAGUAGCAGGAAAUUUGCAGUCCAGGAUUGUCUUCAAUUUUCGGUUUUAACAAUAUUAGAGUCUUAUCUGUUUUAAUCUAAUUUUACAGAAUGAGUAAUUUCUUAAAUUAUGUAACUAUGUUCCUUAGAUAUUUCGUUGAAGCCGUCACAAUCUAAUUUGGAAUUAAUUGAAUGAAAUUUGUACAACUACUUCCGUUUUUGAAAAAAUUUCCCCUUUCAAAUUUGCAUUUUUCUACUUUUCGUUUCUGUUACAACAGGAUUGAGUGUUUCGUGAAAUCUUAUUGGUGACAAAAGGAUAUUGUUCCAUGAACACUAUCUCAACACGUUCGCUACCACAAGAUAUAGUACGUUUACGUUGCUGUCAUGGUAUACCAAAUAUAUAAAUUUAAAUCAGAGUUCAUAAUAAAAUCGGAAAAAUGAUGACUGUACAUCUAAACCUAAGUUGAAAUAAUAAAAUUCCAUCCCUUCGCAGAACUUUAUAUUUCAAGAGUAUUAUUACCUUUUAAGGUAAAUCACACGCGGUGCUGUCAUAAUUGUAAAGUUCGAGAGAAAAUUCGAACGAACUUCGUACAAGACGACACCUACUAGUACAGCGUACAAAAGAAUCCAAUUACCUUGUUACUUAUUUGCAAAUAUUUAAAAUAAAAAAUAACAAUUCAAAACUGACCACAAUUUCGUACUAUAUUUAACCCUUUUAGGACGAAUGUCAUCGUAAUGGUCACAUCAGUUUCACAUAUUUAUAAUCGAAAGUUGCAAUCAAAAAAUUUAAUUAUGCAAUAAAAGAUUACUACGUAGUUCCUUUAUUUUCUAGUGUUAAUUUACUCGCCCAUCGAAAAGAUUGAUUUUCUUUUAAAAAUCCUCGUUCGUAAAGUGAUAAAGACAAGUCAAUGGUAACGAACGUGUCACCCGAUCAACGACGCAUACCGUUUCCAAGGAACUGGUGGCUCGCACACGCGAACGUUGUUGUCACGUAUACCAAAGGCGAAACUCUCUCUCGCGGCGACUGUUUUCUUGAAAGUUUGACCGAAAUUGUUUUGUUGAUUUGUUCGGAGCCGCACCAUCGCGAGGAGACGGGGUCGCGAUCCGCGCUGCCGUCGCCGUCGCCGUCGCCGUCGCCGUCGUUUCACCGCGACGCUAAACACACUUUUCGUAUUUGACCGUGUAGCCUAGCCUUGUGUAUGAUAUUAAGAACAAAAAAAAUCGCCUAGAGGGUAGUGAUUUCCGUGUAUUAUAAUAGCUUGUCGUUAACCGGUGAACCUCGAGUACAAGGAAAAGGUACAAUAGGGCCUUAAACGCGGAACAGACGGACCCGUUCUGCGCUAGAGAAGUUCGAUAAUCGUCGUGACGUAGCUGCAGAAGUGACAGACACGAACACACAUACGCGCGCAAAUGUUGCGUGGGAGACACUAAAAGAGCGUUUUGAACAAGCACCGGAUCUAAUAUUAUUUUGUAUAUAAUCGUUGUAUCAUAGCGCAGUUAGUUGUUAAGGGUGAGAACGCGCGACUGUAUUAUUACGAGUAAUUAUUGCUAAUUAUUAUUAUUACCGUGACAGUUAUCAUCCUUAUAACUAUUAUUAUUAUUAAUUAUUAAUUAUUAUUUUAUUAUAUUUAAAUUGCACAUGAACC